AUGAUAACCGAACUGUCCUGUCUACAGCGCUACGCACCUACGCAUUGCUUCGACUACACCAUCUGCGGUGCAUCCAUGAUCGCUCGCUCGGAACUCACUCAUCGUUUUCUUUGUUGCCGUGGGCUUAUUCGGCUAUUGUACAGUACAACAGGAGGUAAAUCCGGACUCCAAGUGGGCAGAAAUCUAUCGCGGAUUGACUCGAGAACCUUUAAAAUGGUUGGGAGCGGACAAGACGGAGGCAAAGCCAGCCCCAAACCUCUCAGCGCAUCUGAACUGACUUUCGAGUUGCCGCAUCGUUGUUUUUUGUACAAAUCAAGAGAAAUAUUUUUUACAACGUGA